AUGGUUCUAGUUGUUCCACUCGAGAAUCUGAAUGCGCUGGCAUGGACCCUAUUCAGUAUCUCGACUGUGCUCACAUUUGGCCGUUUCUACAUCAGAUGGCAAAAAGGAAAGAGUUUGCAUCUAGAUGACAUCUUUAAUGCAUUGGCUCUUGGAUCCUUACUUGCUUUUGCCAUCACAUAUCAGGUUUACCUGCCUAUCCAAUAUAAUUACCAACUAUAUGCACUCGGUCUCGGAGGAUAUCUUCCCAGCGACGAUCAGUUGAUGUAUGCACAAAACGUGGGCAUCGUCAACAUUGUUUUCUUUUGGGUAACCAUAUACCUUGUGAAAGCAUCUUUCUUAGCUCUUUACUGGGCUCUAUUCUCGGUAUCCAGUGCCUUUCGAAAAUGGUGGCUUGCAGUCGCAAUCUACACUGGAAUUUCGUUUCUCGCAACCUUUUUCGCCAUUUUUUGGUCAUGUAAAACUCCCAGCCAACUUGAAGAUCUUGAAGCAUGCAAUACCAUAUCUGAGGAGCUCAUCAUUGGCCUCGAAACUUUGUGGUGUGUUCUCAACACAGUAGGAGAUAUAUUGACGAUGACAUUACCUUUAGGUAUGCUACGCGCAAUGCACAUGCCCACAUCUCGAAAACUAGGUGUGGCAGCUAUCGCCGGCCUAGUGAUCAUCGACAUACUUUUCGACGUCCUCCGAACCAUCUACACCGUCGGAAGCUACACGAGCUCAUUCCCCAAUGCCAAUGCAGUCUGGGCCCUUUGCGAACCCACCAUUGCCGUAAUGGUGUGCGCACUGCCCCCAUAUCGAACCUUACUUUUUAGAAAAAAGAUCGAUCCUUCGACUUCAUAUCAGGGAAUGCAUGGAACGAGGAGUACUCGGAAAACCAAGCCUGGCAAUACUUCAAGGCCCCAUGAAAUGGAUGAUAUGAGUGCGUAUAGUCUGGCUUCUACUCGAUCCGUGUUGGGACACCACGCGGAUGUGCAUGCUGUUUGA